CCCUUUCAUCACUUUAAAUAUAUCAUGCCAUGGAACAUGGCUUCUUGACAUCCAGCCUUAUGGGUGCCUGGCUGGCAGGGCAGUUUUCCCAGAAGGAGCCCAUGGGCCGGGCUGAUGUCCCAAAGGCAUAAAUAGGCCCCAUGGAUCUCACGUUUGUCCAACUUCUGCCUGAUGCCUGAUGUCUGAAACCCCUCCCCAUCAUUCCCACGCAGGAGUAGGAAGCCUUUGCAGAGAAGGCUGACCACAUCAUAAGACCCAAGGACAGGGGACUCACUCUAUCUGAAGGUGGCUCAUGACUUGCUCACACAGCUGGAAUUGUUAGAAAGUUUUUAGAUUUUGUUGGGCCAAAAUAAACAACCUUCUUUAUUUUUAAUCUCUAUUGAGUAGGCAAAGAGGAGCCAUUAAAUAUUUUCAAGUUGCUAGAAUGAGUGAUCUGAUCUGUGUUCCAGGAAGACAUCUCCACUGUGUAAUUCUGGGAAGGAGAUGAUAUGGGUUUUAGGCCAGGGCAGGGGCAGGGGAUGCUGGAAACAGUGGAGCACUGGGAAAUGGCCUAAUUAUUUAUGGGCAGUUGGGAUAAGGGAGGAGUUAAAGAUGUUUCUGGGUGUGGGGUGCUACCAUCAACAAGGUACGAAAUUCAGGUAUCAAGGGCUGGUGUUGGUGGAAGGAUCUUGAACUGUGGAGUUUGGAUGCUCUGCAUGUGAGAGGCCACCUGGCCUAGAUGUGCAGGAAGCAGCUGGAAGUUUGGUGCUGAGAUCAUGAGACAGGUCAGAGUGGUGGAUCUCGAUGUGAGCAUCUUUACCGGUGGGUCAGGAGAAACCAGGAGAAGAGCUGACAUCAGUGCAGGAGAGAGUGUGUGAGGUGGGACAAGGUGGGGCUUCAAAGCCUCAGGUACCCCCAGCAUAAGGUGGGAAGAGGAACUGUCCUGGGAACCACAAACCUGUGUCUGGUUUUGUUUUUCAAAUUGAGGUAUCCAGUGUCAGUGUGGAUUUCACUCUCGGUUUGUCUUUUAUUUUUGGAAAAGUCUCUCUACUUCCUCAGGUCUUAGACAACAGUGGUUUAGGAUUCCCCCAUUGCCUCGGGACAGCUCUAAAACCCAGCGAUGUAGGUAGUGACCUGUGUUAUGGAAGCUAGGUCAGUGUGUCUGGGGUCCAAACGGGGUUCAGAGCGCUCACGCAGGAGAGCUGAAGUGGACGUCGUCUUCGGAUUUUCAUUUUUGUUUCCUUCCUUUGCACAAUUCACUGUCUUGGUCAUUGGAAAUUCCAGGGCUGGGAGGGGCAGGGUGAAGUUGUCCUCUUGGCAAGGGCUCUGAAAUCCGUUGGCCUGGGUAAAAUUUCAGUUUACUAUGAUUAAUAGGAUCUGAACACUAAGGGAGAAAAAAAUGUAGGAAGGAUGACCGUUUCCACCCAAACUCACAUCUGUUUUCAAAAUCAGUGGAAGGUAGGAAGUCCUUUUCCAAUUUCCAUUCUGCAUGUUAUAAAAAGAUCCCAUUCACCGUUUCCCUGUCACCAGGCUACCUGCCUGCAGACGAGACUGCUUGAUCUAAGGAUUUAGCGAUGUGGGAGAAUCAGGGGCCACUUAAGCCAUUUCUGGGGAAAUCAAUUAUAGGAAAUAUACGUAAAGGGAAUUGAUGAUGGUCAUGGGGGAUUUUUAAUUACUAAUUCACUUGGCUUACAAAGGAAGGUAGGACAGCAUGAAAUUUUUUCCCUUCUGAUCAAUUAAGCCUGACCUUUACAACUGGCAGAUUUUAAAGGGUGGGUCUUUGAUUGAUGAGUAGGACAAAGUAAUUAUAUUUCUGCUUAAAACCUGAGGAUAACUGUUGCUUUAUUCCAGCUCUUAUAAAAGCACAAUGAUUUGCUUCCUUCAUAAUCAUAGUUUCAAUUUUAAUUCAUAGAGUCGAACAGUCAGUUGUGCCAAUAAAACACACACUCUUGACCUCACUUUGAAGAAGAGUUGUUUGUCCUAUACCUUAGACCCCCUGGAUCUGAUGUGAGCCGUGUUUCUUUUCUUGUCCAGAAGUCGUUUGUAAUUGCAACCUCUCCGUGAGCAAGGUACAGAAGGGAUGCCGAAUUUAUCUGCUUGAUUUCCCGGAAAAACAUGUUUUUUUUUCUAAUUAAGGCUCUAAUUGUGGGAGGAGAGCCAUGUGGAUUUUUUUUUAACAGAGCUGCUUGCUCACUCUGCACUUCUCUGCCUUAUUAUAGACCCCUCCCUGCCCAUGAGGAAGGUUCCUCUACUGAGCAGUGGUGAAGAGUACCUUUAAUCAAAGCACUUUCUCUGGUCAAAAGCCACAUCCGUCCUCAGAGAGCCAAGUAUAAACCCCCUGGCACAGCAUCUGAUGCGCUUCUCCCUCUGAGUCCAGUUCAUCCUUCUAGAUUUUUCUCCAAUUGUGUAGCCUUGCAGCGCCUGUACUCACACCUGCGUAUCUUUGGAGAGGCUCUCCUGAAACUGACUUCUAUGUAUUUCCGUUGAGAAAAUCCUUCCUUCUUCAAAUGUGUUCCCCGACUCAACCUGCCCCACCCCGAUCUCCCAAGGGCAUUUUGUUUGUCCUACAGUCAUGGUCCUUCCAGUGCUGUCUUGUUUCCCUUGUAGAUUUGCCUAUUUUUUUCCCCCUUUAAGGCUGUGGGCUCAGAGGGCAGGGACCUUGUCCCUCUUGACUCCACGCUUCCAAGUUCAGAGACUCGGCCGCAGAGGGUUCACCAGACUGAGCAGCAGCAUUUGUGUGGAGGAGCUCCGUGGAGCCCCCUUACUCCAGGGAGCCCACCUGACUCCCCCAGGCAAGCCCGCCGAGCAGGCUGGGAGUGGGGUCACGUGGCAGCCGCCGAGCCCCUGACAGGGAAAGCGUCUGUCUUUGGCUUUCUCCGAGAUUCUUUCAAGCGCUUCGCAUGACGGGCACCUGCCCUGUGACUCAGCCCCCUUUGUUGAGAGGGACAGCCCUCCCCGCGAGCGGUGUCUGUGGAGUCUGUCGGUGCUUUCCCCACCCAGCCUCCAUCCACCCUCUUCUGCAAGAGGGAGGUGGGACGAAGCGGCACGGCCUCUGAUCCCCGGAGAAGAAAGAACAUUUAUUCCUGCCUUCAGAGCAAGACAUCAGGAGACACAUUUGGGUCUUUUGUGCCAACUUGUGUAGGACAUUCUUGGAAAGAAAACAGACCAAGUUGCCUCUGUCACAGGGGCACGUGAUGGUCUGUGUUUGUUCGCUGAUGAAUAAUCAUCAUGCUAUGUCCCCUCCUGAAUUCUGCUUCGUGCCUGCCUCGGUCUCAACCCUCAGUUUUGCUGCAAUCACCCAUAAAUAGUGCGGUGAGCAACUUCCUCCCGCUGUACAAGAGUCUGCCUCUCGCUGCAUCUUCGCCCAUCACCUGGUACAUAAUCCAAUUUUAAAAAUAACUGAUGAAAUAAUGUACUAAGCAGAGAGCUCAGCUGAAGAUUUCCCAGUCAUGUAGCUCUGUUUCAGGGAGCUGCAUCCAGCCAGAUUUAACAGGCGCGGAAGCUCAGUUACUGCCUCACGUGUACUGAGGGUCUGGGGAAGUCGGAUGCUGGGAUGACGUGGACGGUCCCUGAGGGCCACUGUGCCUCUUGCUGAGAGUGGUGGAAUGAGCUUCAGUUCAUUUCCUCCCUUGAAGCGUAUGUGCCCUUCUUCCAUAUUUCUGUCCCUCUGAACUCAGGAUUGCUGUUCCGUCUCACAAGUGUCACCACCAUCCAUCUGGUUGGCCAAGCUGGAAACCUUAGGAGUCUUUCUGCCUCUCACAUUCCCACGUCCAAUCCAUGACCUCGUCCCUGUGAUUUACCUCCUGCCCAUCUGAUCCACCCUCUUCUCUCCAUGUUGGCUUGGGCUACUGCUCUAGUCCAUGCUUCCGUGUCUGGUUUCCACCUAGAGACAGAAGGGGCUGUUUGGGCCAUGCCGGCCCCUACUUAAAACCUUUCCAUGCCUUUCAGUUGCUCUUAGAAUAAAGGCAGUUCUUGCUGUGGUCUGAGAGGCCCUGAGGGCACUGGCCCCUGAGCGCCACCCCCUCCCCUCCCUCCUUCUGCGGUACCCCUGCUCCGUGUGCCUCCUGUGGGGGAUCCUUGUAUGAGCUCAUCCCUCUGCUUGAGCUGUGCCACCCACUCCCUUCUCCCUAGGUGCCCCUGACUCAUCCUACAGAUCCACCCAUAUGUCCUAGAAAAGCCAUCCCAAUCUCAAGACCAGCCCCCCGCAGGUACCCAGAGUCCACCUUCUUUGCUGCACUUAUCAUAGCCAUGUUGUGUUUAUUUGUAUUUGACGAGUAUCCGUCCCUUCAUCCAGACUGUGAGCUGCACAGAGCUUGCCAGCACCCAUGCCAAGCCCAUAAACACCUGCUGAGGGGGUGAACUGGCUGGUUGGAGGAAGGCGCUAAGUCAGUGGUGGAGCCUGGAGAGCCACGGGACAGGGGAUCAGACACAGCCCCAUGGCUGACCUCACAAGGACUUUGAGAUGAUGCACAGACACUGUGUCUCUUUCCCUGUCUGCUGUCUCUACAUCCAUGCUCUGAAUUUCUCUGACUCUCUCUUCUGACCCCAUCUUCACAAUCUCCUUCCUCGGACUUCAUCACUGUCUCUCCUCCUGGCGUUGCCUGGCCCCAGAACCAUGGGCCCCAGCCUGUGCGGAGGUCCGCGUUGGGCGUAGGCAUGAUUGCUGGUGUGACUUCAGGUGGCUUUAAAUUAGAAAGGUUUAUUGGUUUCUACUUCCUCAUUAAUUGUGAGUUGUACAUCAGGAGCUCCCCAAGAGAAAAAUAACACUUACAAAUAAUUGUGCGAAGUCACGCACUCCUUCCAAGGGCUGUAGAUUAUCGAGGAAAGGCUGCAAAUAAAAGGCACAUUCCCAAACUCUUGUGGGUCCCACUGUGUGGAAUACUGCUUGUUUGGGUGAAAGAUGUUUUGUUUUGUUUUUGGUUUUUUUUGGAGUAGCUUUUGCACCCAGCUGGCCAUCUAAAAAAAAGAUUUUUGAAAAGAAAAAAAGCAUCUAAACAAAGGCAACAUAAAUUGAAAGUGACACAUGAAAUUAAAUGUAUUUUUGAAGCUUAUUGUGUUUUUAGUAUCACGAUCAUGUUCGUGUCCAGCUUCUCAGCACAAAAGGAAGGUUUAUCUGGCAGUGACUGAGGCAGAGGGCCCGAGGAUCUGCAUAAAGUCACGUCCGAACAAAGCCACACUGGCUACCCUCUUUGCUUAUUUUAAAAUACCGGUGAAAAUACCAGUGCAGGCCAGAAGAUCAUUCUUGUGAAGCAAGGACUUGUGGACGGAUUAACUCCUCAACUGCUUCCUUCUCUCUCUCUGGGUGUGGUUUCGGGCUCACAACUUGCCUUUAGCUGGGGUGAAAUGCAGUGGGCGAGGAGGACCCUGUCUGGCUGAGCAAGACUUGUGAUGAACGAGGAAGGUCUUAAUCGCCAGAAAAGGAAAAUUAGGGCCAACAGCCUUUUCCAGCUGCCCAGGGAGCGGAGACUUUCUGUCCUGGUGCAAAUGUUUCCCUGUGUUCGAGCAGGAGACAGGAUUGCCGGACAACCAGUACAGAACUCACGGUCAAAUUGCCCUUAAAAAUCUCCAGUCUGAUGUUCCAGAGAAGAAAUCUGACUUCACCGAGGGGACUCUGGCGUCGCAGAACACAAAGAUGAUUUCAUCCAUAGUCAUUUCACAGCUGAUUGAUGGGAAAAAAUCAAGAGAGAACGGGGCCGUGCUGCCGGUGCCGCCAGCGUGUCCCAUGAAGCCGCCUCUGGCUAAUCGCAGCACAGGCACCAUUCACAGGGCAUUUGCGUUCCUUCCCGGGAGACUGGGAAUUCAGACACGGCUUGGGGAGCGAGGACCUGUGGCAGGCCUGCCGCCCAAAGAGGAGAAGCCGCCGUGCAGUGGCUCCUCGAAGGGAUUUGCCUCCAUCACCAUCACGGCCAGGAGGGUGGUCCCCCCGGCCAGCACCCUGGUGUGGGAGGCCGUUGAGGACCCACUCUGCAUCAGAUGCAGGGCCCAGGACACUCUGCUCAGGGACCCCCCUGCUCUGGCCAGUGGUGCCGAUCCAAGUCAACACCACGGACCUUUCGCUUGCGCAGGAUUCUCCAGAAACAGCGCUGUGAUGAGGCUGAAGGUCCCUGAGGCCCACGAAGGGCUGUGUGCGGGCCACGAGUACUGGAUCACCAACGUGGACAACAGAGGGGGCAGCUUUCCUCCCGGCACCCUGCGGUCUGGAAAGAGCCCCCUGGUGUUCAGCUCCUGUGUCCAUCUCAGAGUGUCUCAGCAGUGUCCAAACUCCAUCUACUACCUGGACAGGUCCCUCUCUGUCCCCAUUGAGCCACCUCGACUUGCUGGCCCGAAAAUGCACAGAUCCGUCCUGUCCCUCAACCUCAGCUGCAGUUCACACACAUUGACACCAGAUGGAGCAGCUGGCACAGCGAACGCCGAGCCAAUGAGCAGAGCCCUGAAGCCGGAGCUCACGGAGGGCAGCCAGACCCUCCCAGGCCCCAGCUGGAACCUGGGUUUGCAAGGUUUUUUGAAGGAAAACCCAUCAUUGGGGCGGGUGCAUUCGGGAACCAUGAGGACCGGCCCAUGUCCUUGGAGGGGCUCUCUUCCGUUGGAAAGCCCAGAAUUCGCAGACGCAGAAACUAACCAGGUCACUGGAAGAAAAGGGCAGGAGGACCAGGCAGCUCGUUGUCACAUCAGCGGUCGCGCCAACCAGCUGUCCAUUCACAUCCCCGGCUGGAGUUACGCGGCAGAACCAGAAGUAUUUUCUGGAAGCAGUGAGAAGCAACACGGAGGAGCACGUGUGACCGUGUCGGCUCCCCCAGCGGAAGGGAGACUGGUUAACCAUCUUCCCGAUGGGCCAGGCUCUCCAAGCAACCGCGGUCAGCCUAGUGACCUUUCUGAACCCGCGGAGAGUCCAUCGCAAAGCUUCCUGAAGCCCAGAAUCCCCGUAGCCGGGUUCCUUUGCCCCCUCCGAGAUGCACGCACGCCUGCGCAGGAAGACCCUGGUGUUCAGGUAGAGAGAGAGUUGCCCCGAGGGGAUUACACGUGCUGUGACUUGGUGGUUAAAAUAAAGGAAUGCAAGAGGAGGGAGGACCCCACCACGCCUGAGCCCACGUCCCCAGAGCCAGCGCCCCCCGGGGAACCAGUGGCUCAUGACCUGUCGGAAGACUGUCCUGAGAGCCAGCGUACGCCUGCGAGCUCCUUGACCCUGCAGGAGGCACUGGAGGUCCGUAAACCUCAGUUCAUUUCUCGCUCGCAAGAACGUCUGAAGAAGCUGGAACACAUGGUACAGCAGAGGAAAGCCCAGCAGAAGGAGAGCCCGGGCCCGAAGCAGAGUCUCCUUCCUGUCCGUGCCAACAAGAAGCAGUUCACCAUUCCCCACCCUCUCAGCGAUAACUUGUUCAAACCCAAAGAGAGGUACAUUUCAGAGAAGGAGAUGCACAUGCGAUCAAAAAGAAUCUAUAAUAACCUGCCAGAAGUUAGAAAGAAAAAAGAAGAGCAAAAGAAAAGGGUGAUCUUACAGAGUAACAGACUCCGGGCCCAAGUCUUCAAAAAGCAAUUACUGGACCAGCUCCUUCAAAGGAAUGCAGUCUAACUGCAGGCUGCCCUGCUGACCCUCUACCUGGACCUGGGGUGACUUCAAACGCUGGAUAAACCAUUAAACUUAGCAUUAUCGUCAUGACAUGAAACAUUCUACUUUUGAUUUUUUUUUUUCAUAAAGAAAAGCACAGCUUCCUAGAAUUGCUGACCCAAACUAAGCAGAAACAGUAAACCUUUGUGGGGACGGGUCACCCGGCUGUCGUGGGGUAAUCAGCUCAGCAGAACCCCCUUGAUACAGUCCCUUCAUUUUUUAACAUCUGAAUUUUAUCAUUUACUUGUGAUAUUUUCCACCUACCUUCUCCACCCCAGCAGAAAGGCCGUGUACGCUCACGUGCUCUUCGAUGCCUGAGAGCUGGGUUUUUUUUUUUCUCGUCAAAUUUCAAGGACCUGAAUCUAUCACUUUUAAAAUACCAACCCCACCUUCUGCCCCUUCUGCCGACUCCGAACUUCAGGUCGUCACACAGUGUGUUGAAAACCUCUCCGGACGUGUGCACCAUGGAACACUGGAAGCCGACUUGGGAAAUAGGCGGGACUCAGCUGGAGAGGAGGGAGCGGUGGCCCGCUGCUUUGUGGCCUGGGGUCAGAGCAGCCCUCUCCACCCCCACCCUGCUCCCGGCUCCUUUCUUCAUUUAGCACAAGAGUCUGUUUCUGUGGAAUCCGUGAGCGCAGAAUUGGCUGGAAAAAGUUGUAGGUAACUUGGGUGUUUUCUGCAAACCCUCCACCCCUGCCCCAAAAAGAGUGGUGUUGCUGACAACGGCCUGAUGGUUCCAACUCUGCCAUUUGUUCCUGCAAACAUUUACAGUGUCCAUUAUUUAUAAGUGUGUGUUUGGGGAGUUAAUAGUUUUUACCAAAAAUGGAAAUAAAUGCAAUUAUUACAAAAA